CAGCUAGAUCGCCAGUCUAGUGGACCCGCGCGUGCGCGUGUGAAGCCUCGAACUACAGUGCUCCUGAACAGUGCCUCCUCUCACUGCCCCGAGAUGCAGUCGUCUACGUCUGUACAGAGUACGGUGCUCAGUUGGGAUAUCCAGUCCUUGACUGUCACCACCACGAAACGCUUCCUGCUGAAAAGAGAUGUAGUCCACCGUCAUACCCUGCUCCAAAACGUUCAAGGUUAUGCGAAGUCUGGAAGUCUAUUGGCAAUCAUGGGACCCAGUGGUGCAGGAAAGACUACCCUUCUGGCAGCCCUUAGUCUACGAGUCACAGCUGACAUGGUAGGAGAAGUGAUGAUCAACGGGACACCUGUUGACAAGGAUCUCAUGAUGAGGAUAUCAGGCUAUGUUCCUCAACAAGACCUGGCUGUUUCCUGCCUAACUGUGAUGGAACACCUCAUAUUCACGGCUACGCUCAAGCUGGAUCGGCGAGUCUCGCUUAACCAACAGCACAGAAUCAUCACUAGUCUCAUUAAUGAUCUCAGCCUCUCCGGCUGUAGUUACACUCAAAUCUCUGCUCUCUCUGGUGGGGAGAAGAAGAGAUUAUCACUCGCCACACAGAUGCUGACAGACCCAUUGAUUCUAUUCUGUGAUGAACCAACGACCGGAAUGGACAGUUACAGCGCCUCGUCCGUGCUCACAGUUCUGAGAACCCUGACAGAACGAGGCAAAACCAUUGUAUGCUCCAUACAUCAGCCUUCAUCAGAAGUUUACGUUAAGUUUGACCAUGUCUGUCUGCUGGUUCCAGGAGGACAUCAGGCAUAUUUCGGCACAGUGCCAGGAGCUCAGCAAUUUUUUAAAAGUCAGGGAAUGGAAUGCCCUCCUCUAUACAAUCCAGCAGACUUUCUGCUGUCCAAGUUGAACUCUAGUCCUGAUGUCACCAAAGAAAUCUGCCAGAAUUUCUCCGACUCUCCCCUCAACGACGCUCUCAUCUCCGAGAUCGAUAGUAUCAAGAAAAGCAGUGGCAAAAACCAGUCCGUCUUUGGAAUAGAAGAGCAAUUCCUGAAGUUCUACUCAGUGUGUCAACCGACUCAUAAAACUCAAAUGAGUUGGCUCAUGUGGCGCUCAGGAUUGUCAAUGUUCAGAGAGUCUCAGCGAAUGAUGCUACGAUUCUUCAUGUACAUGAUGAUCGCCUUAUUUGUAUCCUUGCCUUAUUGGAGUGUGAAGAUUGAUCAAGCUGGAAUCCAAAAUUUGCAAGGUUUUCACUAUUCUGUCAUCACAGAGGCGAUUUUCAUGCAGACUUACUCCAUCCUGUACACCUUCCCCGCUGAGAUAGCCAUCAUGCUAAGAGAAAUCAACAAUGGGGUCUAUCAGGCCGGGCCGUACUACUUCUCCAAAGCAGUCGUACUGUUACCCAGGGUUGUCAUAGAAACUUUAGCUUUCUGUGUCAUUGCAUUCAUGUUAGUGGGAGUCGAAGGCGGUUCAUUGGGUUUUAUCAUGUUUUCGACUCCAGUCAUUGCCAGUGCCGUAGCUUCUACUGCUUAUGGAUGCUGUAUGUCAGCCCUUUUUGAGAAUAUUGCAACCGCUUCCCUCCUCAUUGUUCCGUUAGAUUUCAUCACUUAUACGUUCUGCGGAUUGUUCAUACAUCUCAGCACGGUUCCUCUAUACCUAAAAUGGAUCAAAUACAUCUCCAGGUUCUACUAUGGUAUAGAGGCCAUGUCAAUAAUGCAGUGGAGCAAAAUUUACUCCAUCCCUUGUCCAGAGGAUGCAAAACUCCCAUGUAUUUCAACGGGCUAUGGAGUGUUGCUGAAAUAUGGAUAUAGUCCUAACAACCUCUGGCUAGACUUCUCUGGUCUGUUCCUUUCUUUUGCUGUGCUCCACGCUAUCGGCUUCUAUGCCUUCAGAAGACGCAGUCAGCGACAGCCUGUCUAUUGAGCUGUGUGACACUGAAACAUAAACAAAGGAAACAUAUGAUUCAGCAUUUAUACAUUAUUGUUAUUUUUGUUUCAUAUUUAUUUAUAUUUACCAUCCUUUUACCAUAUUUUUCCUCACUUGUAAACACGGUUUCAUAUUUAUUUACACCAGAUUUUCCAAAAAGUAUUUUUGUAAUUCUUUCUUGAGGAUUUUUCCUGUCAAACCUCAAAGAUUACAUGGUAGCAGGUUCUUCAGUUUACACCUUAUGUACGAGGGAGUUUUCUCGAAAAGGGCUGUCCGGUGUCGGGGAAGGAUGUAUCUUGCUACAUACCUUGUAUUGUAACUGUUUUGUAAACAUCCUGGUUUGUUUCAAGGUUGCAUUUGUCAACAUGAAGAACUACUUGAAGGAUGUACUAAGAGGCAAAAUUCAAGUCAGGAACAAUUGUCAGAAUGCCAUGUGUUUUGAAUGCCGGUCUACAGCUUUCUCUCUGAUGAAGGUCAGCUAGCGCCCUUAUGGCCUUUUUUUAUUGAUGAGGACUGGCUGAUGAUUUACUCCAUAUAUGCAAUCCCAUAUCUCAUGUGAGAGUCAACUUAGCAGCCUUUAUAUUGCUGAUCCAUUUUAAGGUUCAUUACAAGGUCAUUCAUUUUGCAGUACGUAGUUCGAGGUUGUAGUCAGGGAUGUAGUUGCAAUGUCAUAAAUAGCAUAUGCUGUGUUAUUUUAUCAGUAGUGUAGUGUUUUGAUUUUGGACGUAGUUAGGGAAUUAUUAUUAGAAGGAUAAAAAGAUUGGGCCAAGAACAGACCCCUGAGAGACACCUUAUGUCAUUGGUUGAGGGUUUGAUCUGUAUGUAGUGGUCCAAUUGUUGACUUUGUGUUACCUCUACUACUAGUUGUCGUUCCUCAAGGUAGCUAACAAACCAGUCAUUGGCUACUUCUCUGAUUCCCAGUAGUUUUGCUGCUUAUUUGAAAUAAGUCUGUGACCCAGUCAGUCAAAUGCUUUUCUGUAAUCUAGAAAGAGACAAAUAGUUCCCUUGUCAGUCACAGAACUCCAGUCCACAUGUUGCCAACCAGGCAGUGUCUGUUCCAAUUGGUGUUCAGAGAAAAGGUGUUCCCUCAGAAAGGAAAGAGAAUAUUUUUAUUUUACAAAUCCUGGAUUAGCAGGAGUAUUUGUCCUGUGCUACUAUUUACCCCUGAAUUCCUUAUGUUGAUCUACUUUGUCUAAAUUAUGCGUCGUCAUCAUCACUAAGAGGGCAAACCACUGAGAGAUUGUUCAAUGAGUGCUAUCAGUUCUGCGCACUUCAACUGUGAUAGUUACUAUUGUCCCUCUUUUUUCAAGGGUCCUGGCAAUAUGAUUGUAGGAUUUAGUUGUGAUUAACUUUUAUAACUGCCUUCUGUGGUCGUAAAAUGGUCAUAGUUGUGGUCAUGUCCAAUUUUUGAAUACAGAUUUGGCUGUCUCUUUUGGUUGAUUUGGGGUGGUUUGGCUUGGUUACUAUCAUGUGUGUCACUUUUUUGUAUAGGCUUGGCUGUUUCCUGUGUCAAAUUAUGGUUAUGUUUGGUCUUGGUUAUAGACAAAAGGACAGUGGUUUGCCUGGUUUCCUCGGAGUGUCUAGUGUCAGAGAGUAGAGAGUCUCUUGAAUCUUUUUUGAUUGUCUGUUAAUUUUAUUCAGAGUGGAAAUUAGAAUUUGCUGUAUUUUUGCAACUUAGAAUGAAAUACUACAGCAAUUUUGUUUUAUUGAUGCAGAUUUCUACUUGUAUCCUUAUGACAAAUCUUUGGUAUUAGUAUUGAGUGAGGCUUAUAUAUCUCUUGUCUGGAUGAGAGGUUUAUCUUCUCUUCUAAAGACUUAAAAGUGUCCUAUGCCAUACUGCCUAUUUUUUCAUGUAUAAUAGAGUUUGUGACAUAAGAGGGUACAUUUGUUAAGGUCAUUUCAUUUUGGGGGUCUAUGUCUCAGAGUUAGUAUAUGUCUUUAAAUCAGACUGGUUAUUUUCAGACCUAUUUGAAUUUUCUUUGUUGAUUUUAGAUAUCAUAUUUUGGAGUAUAUUUUAAUGUCCUCUGAAGUAUAAGGGUUUGUUUAUUAUCAUGCUCUUCAAACAAGAGUUGCAUUUCAGAACUAUUCUGUUUUUCCUUUAAAAGUUGAGCUACAGCGGCUUGUAUAUUUUUCUGUAAAUUUUUCAAUUUCAGUUAAAUAUUUUUCCUGUCUCUGUCAUGACUUAUAGAGUUGCCUCCAUUUCAGCUAGUAUUUCUUUUCUUAUUAAAUUUUGGUUAUUAAGGAAUUCAUCGUCACUUUUUAAGUUGCAAUUUUCUGCUAAGAGAAUGUUUCUGGCCUCUGCUGCUAGAGACAAUGAUGUUUCAAAGUCUGUCUCUUCUCCAUUUUCAUGCUCUUCAACUUUAGAUGUAAUAUUGUCCAGCUUAAAUUUAGAGCCAGUUGGCAGUGCUGUGCUGGUGUUCAAUAUUUGCCAUAGUCUCCUCUUUGGCUCAGAUAUGGUAGGGGUUGGAGCUUGUUUUACCUUCCAUAGGCCAUGUAGUUCACUUCUGAACUAAGUGAUGUGUUAAUUGGUAGGUUAUUAGUAUUUAACAUACUUAGGGGUUUUAUGGCAUCAGCUAGCUCUGUAUGGGUAUUAGUUUUUACAUGUCCUAGUUUUAUUUGAUCUUUUACUGCCUUUUUCAAAAGUUGAUAAGAAUAUUGACACAGCCACCAUUGUACAAUUUAUUGCAGGAACUAGUGCAAAGUAUACCAGAAUAUUUCACCCUAACACCACAGCCUCAACAUUGAUAUUUGGGAGUUAUGGGUAUUGACAUUUUGAGAAAAAUAUUGAUUUUAACCUACUGUAAAAACUGUAAAAAAAUGCAUAGACAAAGUGAUGUGGCUUAAUGCUGGUCUGGUUGUUUUCAAUUGGUCAAGUGGUGGAAACUAGAUAUGUAAUGACUGAAUAGAAUUAAAUUGCGUUUAGUCAUAAGUAAUUUAUUUUAAUACACUUCAGUGAUAUUGAAUUGUGUAUUGGGGGAUUAAUAGUCCAUUUAAAAAAAUAAAGUAUAAGAAUAGUGAACCAGGGUGUAAAUGUGCAAUGAUAGACAUAUUUAAAAUGCAAUGGUAGCCACCAUGUUAUUUAUAUUCAGUCAAGAAGUGUUGUGGUGGAUCAGCACAACUGACAUAGUAUCUAGGUCAGCGGUACUGUGUCACAUAUAGUGAAGCACCUAGAUAAUAAAAGUAUUGGUGUUUCAGACAAAUUGAAAUACCAGUGAUGUAUGUAUUGCCACUUUUAUGUUGGCUAUUUUUGUGAUGUCAAUGAGUUAAAUGUGUUCUUAUUGUUGUGAUAAGUCAGGUUUUUUUUUACCUUAUUAUUUAAAAGAGUUAUUUUUAUUCAUACUGAUAUAUUCAGCUUCAAUCUUGUAUUAUUAAUAAAGGAUCAAUUUGUUAGAAGUAUGUCAAAUUCAAGCGUUGCCAUAGAGUGGACUGACUUGUUAAUAUUCUAUUAUUAAAGAUUUCUUACAUGAUUAACAUAGGCAGUUUGACUCACAGUACUUUAUAUGUGUUGCUGACAAAGUCCAUCAAAUGUCCUUUGUCUAAAGACACACUAAAAAUUACACAUUUAGAAGACUUAGUACUCUGGUUUGUCACUGGUCUACCAUCUUGUAUAGUCGAACUAACAUUAGCUUUAGAGGCUGAUUUAAAUAGUUUUUAGUCAUUUUAGUUCUACUUUUUAGUAACUUGUCUAUUUAAAACGUGUCAGAUGUGAAUUAUAAAAAUGUUCUACUGAUAAACAUAUAUACAAUACUUUACGUCAUUUCAAUAUAAAACCAGGAGAAAAAUUUGAUUGUUAAUAUAAUGUCCAGUAGCCGACCAAAAUAUAUUGUAAAGUUGAUGAUAUAAGGGUAGACAUUUGCCACACGUGCUCACAGCACUAGACAACACAAAACUCGUAUAAUAUAUUAUACAAAUAAAGAUUUUUUGUACUGUAAAUAUUUUAAUAUUAACAUUAUUUUGAUAAACCUCAAUUAAUAUUGUGAUUUUAUGAAAAUAAAUAUCUCUACAGAUGUUGUUUUUUUACAGUUUAAUAAAUUGUGGAUAAGAUUACUAGUAGUAUAUUUAUAAAUAUACUAACUAUAUUUUGUUAAAUGUCCAACAUAACUUAGAUAUAACAAGAUUUUAUAUACCAAAGUUUUAUGAAAAUCCAAUUGUCAUUCACAAUAUGACUAAUUUAUCAAUAUGUAUAUAAAGUUCUGCUUUAAACAGAUACAAAAAAAAUUAUUUAAGAAAUGUUGAAUAGAAAUAUUUGUAUAAUGUAUUUAAUUUGUAUAAUUAAAUAUUUAAUUUUGUAA